CGAAGCUGCCUGAAUGGGUUCUGGGGGAAUCUCCCUAGUUUAUUCCUUUUCCAGCCCUCCUGCACCGGACCUGGGCUUUACAGAACUUAUUAGGUCAAGUCAGACUGGCCAUUCCCUGUGACCUUAGCCUGUUCAAGAAUCCCAGAUGUGAACUGAAUGGGGAAAUUCCUCUGGUACACUGCAGUACCAGGAUACUGCAUGAUAAAAUACGAGAACUUGAAUGCAUUUGGAGGUUAAGGGAGUGGCUACGUCUCCCAGGAGCCAGUCUCAGGUACUCUUGAGAAGAAAGAAGCCACUACAACAAGGAUGGGUUUCCAGAUCAUGGGCAACUCAGAACCCCUACCCACCUGUGGUCCCACGACUUGAUUUGGGAAGCCUUGUGGGCUCUGAUGAUGAGGAUGAUUUUUCAUAUGUUCCACUUAACACAGUGCAUAUUCAUUUUAACCCACCAAAGUCAUCUGCUCUUGGUUGGGUCCCACCAGGUCAAAUACCAUAUACUCAGCAUCAUCUAAAUGAACUGGAACAGGACAUAAUACCUGAAAAUUUGCCAUCACCAACAGGGAAAUACAAGCUAAAAUAUCAGCAGUAUAAAACUGAAAUGAAAGAGGGAUAUAAAGAGUAUAGUCAGAGAAACUCAGAAAUGACAAAAUCAAAUAUCACACAUCAACAGCCUUCAAGAAACAAGAUUGAUGAAAAGUGUAUACUGGGUGAAGAAACCAGCGCGGAUGACGUCACCACGCUGGAUAGGAAAACCCUCUUGCAGCGUGACUACGUGCACGACCCUCAACAUGUGCAGCACAGCGCAAGGAAAUCAGACGCGGAAACUGUGGCUGCAGAGAAGAAGAGACAGAUAGUCACAGAGCAAAUGAUGAUAGACCAUUUAUCUAGGGCUGUCAUCAGUGAUCCAGAGCAAAAUAUAAUCAUUGAGAAACAAGAAAGUACUCAUCCUCUUCGACUUAGGAAAAGAACACUACAUGAAACAAAGAUAAGAACCCACUCUACAUUAACUGAAAAUGUGCUUUCUCAUAAAGUACAAUUUGAUGGUAGGAUCAUAUCAAGAAAUGGACGAGAUGCCUGCAGAGAACUGAUUGGGUUCUUUUUCACUCAUGACCAGUCUCUCACACUGUAUGAGUAUCGGCAAUUUGGGAAGAACAGAACAAAUGUGCUUCCUUUUAUUCAAAAAAACAUUUAUAGUCAUCAGUGUGGACGAAGAAAAGGAAAACAAUAUCAACUGGAUGAUUUUUAUAUUGGUGCAACCUUGACAUUUUUGAGCUCUGAUCACCCAAGCCUUCCAGAAAGCAUGAAAGAAAAUAUACUACUUAGACUUCGAAUUACAAAUAUCGAUCAAAUAGCUUUGGAUUCUCUGAAAACUACUUCAGUGAAAUAUGAAAAAGAUAUAAUUAGUCAAGAAGCCAAUGAUAGGCUGGUCUUCAAGGCUGUUCAAGAUGUGCUAAAAGAAAAACUACAUAAAAGAGGUGUUCGUAUUUUGACUGGAUUGGGAAAAUACUUUCAACAAUUGGACAAGGAAGGAAAUGGGCUUUUAGAUAAGGCAGAUUUGAAGCAAGCUCUGAAAGUAUUUCACUUGGGAGUGUCUGAAGAAGAUUUUGAGUCUUUGUGGCUAAUUCUGAGUAGCAGCAGCAAUGACGAGGGCAAGGUGGAUUAUGGAGAAUUCAAACGGGCCAUUAUUGGUGAAAUGAAUGAAUAUAGGAAAUCAUUUGUUCGAAAGGUUUUUAUGAAACUGGAUUUUAACAAAACUGGCAUUGUGACUCUCACAGACAUAAGAAAAUGUUAUUGUGCCAAGAAGCAUCCUCAAGUAAUUUCAGGCCAUUCCACAGAGGAAGAAGUCAAAUCAUCUUUUCUAGAAACAUUAAAAGCCAUCUGCAGCAAGUCCGAUGAAGUGUCCUAUGGGGAAUUUGAAGAUUACUACGAGGGUCUAAGCAUAGGGAUAGCAGAUGAUGAAGAUUUUGUUAACAUCUUACGUAUUCCGUGGGGGAUUUAGCUUUAAUAUAUAUGUCAUCAGCACUACAUAUUUUAAAGGAGAGGGGAAUUGAAUGUAAAGUAUGAUGAAACCAUAGAGUAUAUUUUUUGAGGAUUUCCUUUUUUUUUUUUUUCCCUAAAGUUGAGUCUGAAAAGAGAAAUAUUGAGAAAGCUGGUUGUAGGCAUGUGCAUGUUUGGCACAUGCACACAUGCUCUCCAGUCUCAAGAUUUGUAAAAUCCUUUUAGUUUAUUGCCUGUUUGAGUCUAUUUGAGGUCAUUUUUCAUCAGUCUCAAUAGAAAGGUCAGACCUACAUUAACUGUAUGAAAGCAUAUGUAUGAUGACCAAGCUUCCUGUCCUGCAAUCCUUCUGUCAGCAUUCUCAAUUGGAUGAAUUGGAAUUGUCUCUUCAGCCUAUGGGACUAAAAUAUUUCAACUUGUUUUAAGCAUAGGAAAAUGUUAAAGGAUAUGCAAGGGAAAUUUCUAAGAAGUAUGAUAAUAGAUAUUUUCUGUAACAUUCAUAUUUAAAUGAUUGAAAUUUACCCCUUCAGUGUUCAUUUAAACAAUUUGUCUUCUAAAUUCUUGUCUUCUAAAUUAUGUACUGUUGUUUGUCCAAAAAAGCAAAAUGUAAUUAUUCUGGUGACACUUUUGUUUUAUUGUUUUUAACUAUCAUUCUUAUUACCUGCACAGAAUUAUUAGUUACCUAGAAAUAAUACAUUACAGGGGGAAAAAUAUUAUUAAAGAUUUCAGGAGUCCACUAUUACAUACGUGGGUCUAAAGGAAAAUUUAGUAAUUCUUACUCAAAAUGUCAGUGUAUUUUGUGUCACAAAUGAAUGUCUGUAUGGUAUU